AUGCUGGUUUAUCAGGUGACCGUCUACACUGGCGAUCGAGUUGGCGCCGCCACUUUGAACAACGUGCACAUUAAGCUGGUGGGCACAGAUGACGAGAGUGAGCGCAAGUGGCUGAAGUCUUUGGUCAUCUUCAGAGGAUCAUUCCAAAGGUCAAUGCUUGUCACGGCUGAAAUUCUUUGGGAGGACCAUUGGCACUGGUACUUCCGUGUGAUGACAAUCCACAGUACGCAUAUAUAAGAGGCUCCUGGGGCCGGUUGUCUCUCAUUUUAAGAGGAAGCGUGUUUCCCCGAUCACGAUUUCUCAGCAUUCCGGAAUCAUCAUGCGGCUUUAUGAGGUGACCGUCUACACUGGCGAUCGAGUUGACGCCACCACCUUGAACAACGUGCACAUUAAGCUGGUGGGCACAGAUGAUGAGAGUGAGCGCAAGUGGCUGGAGUCUUUUGUCAUCUUCAGAGGAUCAAUAUCUACUUAUACUGUUUCCUGCCCAAACUCCCUUGGAAAGCUGGUUCUGAUUGAACUAGACAAACGACAUAAUCACCUGACACCUGAUGACGCUUGGUUCCCUGAAAAGGUGGAAAUCAAGUCACCCGAAGGAAACAUCUACACUUUUCCCAUCCACUGCUGGAUCAGUGACAGGGAGACUCAUCGCUUCAGAGAGGGCAAAGCUCUGAGGAUAUUUGAUGAAAGCCACUCCCUUGGUCAAUAUGCAAGAAAGCAGGAGCUGAGCCAUCGAAAAGUAUGCUAUGGCUGGGAUUGUUUUGAUGCCGGCAUGCCCAACAGUAUUGAGGCAGAUGGUCCUUGUAGUCUGCCAAGUGAGAUACAGUUCUCUUUCACCAAGACUGCAGAGUUUGGAUACACGGCGUUGACAGCGUUGACUGAGCUUCAUUUGAAGGGGCUGGAUGACAACCACAGAAAUUGGGAAAAUCUUGACCAUAUCAAAGAGGUGUUCUGUAACAAACACACCCCUAUAUCAGAUUACGUCCACGAACACUGGAUGGCGGAUUGGUUAUUUGCUUAUCAGUUUCUAAAUGGCGUCCAUCCCACUUUGAUUCGACGUUGCAAAACUUUGCCCGAGAACUUCCCUGUGACUGAUGACAUGGUCUUCAUCCCCAAUGGCUCAAAUUUGUCGAAAGAGUUGACGCUAGGUAACAUAUACCUGUGUGACUACAAGAACCUGGACGGAUUCCCUGCAAACACCGUCGAAGGGAUUCAGCAGUACUUGACAGCGCCCCUUGUCUUGUUUCACAAAAGAGACAACGACAAACUGAUGCCUAUCGCCAUUCAGCUGAAGCAGACUCCGGCUGAGGACAACCCAAUCUUUCUCCCAACUGACUCUACGUACGACUGGCUGAUAGCAAAGAUCUUUGUGAGAAGUGCGGAUUUCACAGAGCACCAGCUCAAUGCGCAUUUUCUGCGCACUCACCUGAUGGCAGAGGUCUUUGCGGUGUCACUGCUGCGCAAGCUUCCUAUGGUGCACCCCCUGUACAAGCUCCUCAUACCUCACACUCGCUACACUCUGCAUAUAAAUGAAUUAGCUCGGUCACAGCUGAUAGGACCCACUGGAGUCUUCACCAAGUAUGCAGCUUCUGGUGGGGAGGUUCUGAACAGAAUCGUGGCAAGAUCGCUCUCCUCAAUGACCUACAGGUCCCUUUGCAUCCCCGAUGACAUUGCUGAUCGUGACAUGCAGGACUUGCCGAACUUCUACUACAGGGAUGAUGGACUCCAACUUUGGGACAUCGUCUACAAAUUUGUGCAGGGAGUGAUACAGUACUACUACAAAAGUGAUGACGAGGUGCAGCGAGACUCGGAACUGCAGACUUGGAUCGGCAACAUUUUUCAACACGGAUUUCUUUCCCAGCAACAAACAGGAAUCCCUCAGAGAUUCAACACUGUGCCUGAGCUGAUUAAGUUCGCCACCAUGGUGAUAUUCACUUGCUCGUGCCAGCAUGCAGCUGUAAACAACGGACAGUACGACUACAGUUUCUGGAUGCCCAACACCCCCAUCACCCUCCAGCGUCCUCCCCCGACCAAAAAGGGGACAACAAGCGAGGCCACAAUGCUGCAGACGUUGCCACCUAUUAGUGUGACAGUUCAUGGAAUAGCUGUAGUCUGGCUUCUCAGCAGGCAGUCCUCAGACUUUGUCCCACUUGAACACUACCCAGAGGACCAUUUCACCGAGGAGACCCCACGCCAGCUGCAAAAGGAUUUUAAAGCCGAGCUUGACACAUUGUCCAUUGCAAUUAGCAACAGAAACAAAGGUCUGGAUAUCCCUUACACUUACCUGGAUCCAAAGAACAUAGAGAACAGUGUGGCCAUCUAAACCUCAGAAAGUCAUACUUGAAAGGGAAUAUCCAAUGAAUUGCAAAUGUGUUUUUGUGCUUAAAUUACAGUAUUUAGAUUACUUAAAGGCUCAAACCUGUAUUAACUUUAAAGGCACCAUUUUCAGUAGCUUCGCAACAUUAUAAACUGUCAUACAAGUGUAAAGAGAUGCCAACAAAAUGAAACUAAAAUGAAGUAACACCAGGGGGGCCAAUUGGUUUUAUAGACAAACAUCGUUAGCGAAUCAAUAUAGCCUACUACCGUUACUUAGAACGUAUUCUCGUGCCUCACAGGUGGUCACUGACAGACAAAGACGCCAGUACACUUUCAAUUGCUUUAUUGAAAAAACGGUAACAAAGUAAACACGUAACCAGCAUAUUUUUACACUAGCUGCAUGACCACAGUUGAUACCCAGGCACUCAACUUGCAGACUAGCUCACGGUUAGCCAGUUAACAGCCAGAUGCUAGCCUGAGCCAACAACAGCCAAUGCUACACUCUCAUUCGCUGACACCCACGUCACUCACCAGACCAGGCCGGGCCCUGCCAUUGUGUGGCUGAAGCACCCCUCACAGUGGGAGUCCUUUGUGGUAAUGUUAUUCGUCAUCCCUUACUUAUUAUACAUGAUAAAAUAUUAUUAUUAUUAUUAUUAUUAUUAUUAUUAUCAUCCUUUAUUAUUAUUCCGCUUUUUCCUUCCAAAAUAAAGGCCGCACUGUUUUACAUACCCGCACAAAUAAGGUAUCAAAAGAUGCAUCUCAGUCAAAUUGAUUGUAAUUAUAAAUACGAUGAUAACCAUGGAACUCUGAAUCGUGAAGAAACUUGCAAUAAAAUAUUAUAGCGAUACUUCGCCAUGUUAAUAUCGCGAUACACCGUUUAUUCAACACAUAUAGAACAGUUACCAUUGAUAUGUGUGGAGAAGGAAAAACAGGGCAGCUCCUCGUAUAAUGUAGAUACAAAUCUGUACAGUGUAACAGAAAUAUCAGCGACAUGAGAUCAUUUCAUUUGUAUUUCCAAUAUUUCUCGUGGUAAAAUUUUAGAAACAAAAACUGGAUGUAAAUGCCCACUUUAUCAAAUGAAGUAUACAGUUGCCAUUUAUUUUAAAAAAAAAAUAUUCUAAUUGCCUAGUUUGAGUAUUGUUUCCCCCCUGUUUUGCAUCACGAGACAUUGCAUCUUUUUUCUUGAUUGAAAUGUUUUCUAGUUUGUUGAAUAAAAGCUGAUCUGCUUUG